AAUUUCCAAUAAAUAAGUACGAGCCGCCACUUGAGAGCGCAUUCCGCAUACGCUUUUCAGUAAGCACGCAGCAUCAGUAUGGCUUCAAAAUAUUCUUCCGCUGUUUUCGUCACAUUUCUGCUGGCGUUGAGCUUGUCGAAUGCAAGUCCCAUAUCUUCAAUCCUGCAGCUGCCAGCAACGCUGGGAAACAUUAUAACCAAUAACUUGAUGUUAUUGAAUAAACUUCCAAUAAUUUCCCAAAUAAUUGGUGGUCCCACUACGACAACGAGCGCGUCUAUUCUCCAUGCUCCUGUACCUUCAAGUUCGUCGCAAGCUACAACUGCCGUUGGUGGUGCUACUGAAACUAGUCCAGGCAUUGCUGCUCAAACGUCUGUUGUUGUACCAGCUACUGCUGCGCCUGUGAAUCAAGCACCUUCGACUGUAGCUGCUGCUCUUCAGCCGCCUGGUGGCGUGAGUGAAGCUGCCGUCAAUGGCGAUGUAACCGCAACUGGUAGUUCCACGGUUGCUGCGGAGAGCCCUGCUAUGUAAAUUUAGCAAGGACCUCUUAUAUUAGAGAGUCGACUUGAAAAUUAAUCUUCAUGUGGGUGUUUUGAAUUAAAUAUAAAUUACUUUACUAAUAAAUAAAAUUUUAUCAUAAAGAGAGCGUUUUGUUUCAGAAAAAUUAUAAAUAAAAGAAGAAGAUUGCAGAAAA